UGACUGGGAUUACUUCAGUUUGUGCAAACACUCCGGUACUGCACACGCCGCCUCCCCCUGAACUUUACCUCAGUUCUUCAGCGGAAAGGGAGACAUCCGCAGUUCCUCAGGGAGGUUCUUUGUGAGUGGUAGGGAGUAAUUCUAUUACUAACUAAAGAAUCAACACUCUUGAGCUCUGGUUAGUGUUGACUGAGAUGAUUGCUCAACUUUCUGGUGAGGACUUUGAUCACCCACAGCUGUAACAAAGGAGCUCCAGCAGCAGGAGGGCUCACAGGGGCUGAAGCGUUUACAGCCUUCUCCUGUUUUCAAAGCAGAGCAACGGCAGGUUGUUUUUUUUUUUUUACUAUUUUUCAUCUUGCACUGGACCUACAGGAAGAAGCAUGAGGAAAUCAGAUGUGUUGCCAUUGUUCCUGGUGUGCAUGGCUUUAGAGGGCAGAGGUGCCGCAGGGAAAGCGAAGGACUCCGCAGAAACUGGACCCGCUCCUGCCAAAAGCAGCUCUUCUUCAGGAUUUUUAGGCAACCUGCUGGUAGUGCCCAUGGAUGGGAGUCACUGGGUGGGUAUAAAAGCCGUAGCACAAGAAAUGGGUCGGCGUGGACACAGGGUCACUGUGGUGAUUCCGGAGGUCAACAUGCGGAUGGGUCCAGGGAAAUACUAUGAUACCAUCACCUUUCCUGUUCCCUAUGACAAGGACUACUUAGAUUUUCUGAUGUCUUCAAACAAGGACAUCUUGCAAAAAUCUGCAACGCCUUUCAUGGAGAAGAUCAAGCAGCGAUUCAUUCACAUCCAGAGAAUAACGGGUUUGCUUCACAGCACCGCAGAGAGUCUGCUGUUCAACACCAGCCUCAUUUCUCACCUGGCACAGCAGAACUUUGACGCAGUUCUGACUGACCCAUUAGUCCCAACGGGCUUAUUGAUUGCUCGGAAAUUAGGUCUCCCCACCAUUAACUUAUUGAGGGGGGUCCCAUGUUCUCUGGACAUGAAGGCUGCAGGCUGUCCCUCCCCACCAUCCUUUGUGCCUCGAUUUUUCACUGGAUACACAGACAGAAUGAACUUCAAAGAGCGAGUGGUCAACACCUUGGUGGCAUUACUGGAGCCCUUAUUAUGCCGCCUGCUGUACUGGCACUUUGACCAGAUAGCUUACGACUUCCUGGAGGAGAAGGUGGCCAUCGCAGAUGUUUUCGCAGAAUCUGAUAUCUGGCUCCUCAGGAUUGACUUCACGCUGGAGUUUCCCCGGCCUCUCAUGCCGAACGUUAUUCUGGUUGGUGGGAUCAACUGCAAAGUGAGGAACCCUCUUCCUGAAGAUUUGGCGUCGUGGAUAUCGGGGGAGCAUGGGUUUGUGGUGUUUACUCUGGGCUCCAUGGUUUCUGACCUGCCAGAGGACAUCACUUCUACCUUCAUAGAUGCCUUCAGGCAGAUUCCACAGAAGGUGAUCUGGAGGUACACCGGCAAAGUUCCCGGGAGGAUCCCAGACAAUGUGAAGCUGAUGGAAUGGGUGCCUCAGAACGACCUGUUAGCUCAUCCUGGAGUUCGAGCUUUCAUCACUCAUGCUGGCUCACAUGGGAUUUUUGAGGGUCUGUGCCAUGCUGUACCCAUGUUGAUGGUACCGCUGAAUGCAGAGCAGCCCGACAACGCAAAGAAGAUAGCCAGCAGAGGAGCGGGGCUCGUGCUGGAUAUAACCUCCAUGACCACAGAGAGCCUGCUGCAGGGCCUGAAGGAGGUCAUCAACAACACCAGGUACAAGGAGAACAUCAGCAAGCUUUCAGCUCUCCAUAACGACCGCCCAAUCGACCCUCUGGACCUGUCGGCGUUCUGGACAGAAUUUGUGAUGCAACACAAAGGAGCAAAGCACCUCAGACCAGCUAUCCAUGAGCUUUACUGGUUCCAGUACCACUGCCUGGACGUUCUAGCGCUACUAGCUACUGUGUUGCUGGUUUCUGUAACGUUGACGUUUAAAUGUGUGAAACUGUGCCUCCGGAAACUGAGCAGGAAGAGGAAGACGGACUAGGAGGGUCUGUAAAUGCUGCUCUUCCAUCUUCAUCCCUCAGUGAAUGGAACGUUUUAAAAAACAUGAUAAAAUCCUGAUGCAGAAAUAAAGAAAUCCAGGCGGUUA